AAGCGACUGAUAAAGCCUGGAUUUCACACUCCGCCCCUACGAAAACUCUUAUAACCAAACGCAAACAUCAUGAACCUUUAAAAAUAAACAGUCUGCAGCUACCGCUAAACGUGGAAAUGGAUCUACUGAGUCACAAAGCCUAUCCACACUGAACCGGUCGAUCGUAGGUCAACGUCAAUGUACUGAAAUGCGUUGUGGGAUAAGUGACCACACGGAUACGCAGUGAAAGUGUGCAGAAGAGUUAAAUACGCUGGAGAAACAUCAUGGCAAACAGCGUCACUCAAGAGUACAUGCAGAUCCCAGCCGUCACGCGAGCUUACACCACUGCAUGCGUCCUGACAACUGCAGCUGUGCAAUUGGAGCUCAUCACACCGUUUCAACUCUAUUUUAACCCUGACUUGAUUUUAAAGAAAUACCAGAUAUGGCGACUGAUCACAAACUUCUUGUUUUUUGGACCUCUUGGAUUCAGCUUCUUGUUCAACAUGAUUUUUCUAUAUCGUUACUGUCGAAUGCUGGAGGAAGGCUCCUUCCGCGGUCGAACGGCAGAUUUUGUCUAUAUGUUCCUGUUCGGUGGUGUUCUCAUGACUCUUUUUGGUCUAUUUGCCAACCUGUUCUUUUUAGGACAGGCUUUCACUAUCAUGCUGGUUUAUAUAUGGAGUAGAAGGAACCCUUAUAUCCGCAUGAACUUCUUCGGCCUGCUCAACUUCCAGGCCCCAUUCCUUCCCUGGGUGCUCAUGGGAUUCUCACUGUUACUGGGCAACUCCAUUGUUAUUGAUCUCCUGGGGAUUGGUGUAGGACACAUCUACUACUUCCUGGAGGAUGUAUUUCCUAACCAGCCCGGAGGCAGAAAGCUUCUUACCACUCCAGGAAUCUUUCGAGUUUUGUUUGACAUGCCUCAAGAAGAUCCGAAUUAUGCCCCUCUUCCAGAAGACCAGAGUGGGAUAUCCCAGAAUGGACAAGGUGAAGAAGAUGACGGGCAAGGUCAAAAUGACGAAAACUGAAGGGGGAUGCUUUAGCACACGUUCCACUGUGGAUCCAGGAAAGCCGGAGACUAUGGCCACCUCAGUGCCUUUGUGUACACAAUAAAUGGAUCCAAAUUUUGCAUUCAGUGCCAUGCACAUCACAAACAAGUUUUCCUUUGUUAUUUUUGUUCUGGAAGAACAAUGCCUUUCUGUUUUACUUCACACCACAGGGUUCGAAACAAUUGCCAUUUUCUCGAAGACUUCCAUUUAAUGCAUUUUACAAAGUAUUGGUGGAUGGAAGGAUUGGAGUUGAAAGAGAAGCCAGAUUCAAUCUCCCAAACUAUAAUCCAUAAUUUUGGAGGGGGUGCAAACUCCACAAGAGGGCAUUUUCCUGGGUACAAUACAGUGCCGUAUCUCUUUCUCCACAACACAGUCAGUGGUGAGACAGUUGGGACACAAUCACAAAUGUGCCGACUAUCUGAAAUGCCAAACUGAACUGCAGACUAUGCAUUUUCAAGCCUGUGGCCUUUUGUUAGCACAGCACCAAUGCGAAAACACAAAAAGCUUUAUGCAGUGGAACUGAAAGAUGGAUUGCCUGGAAGAAUGCGCUCCACAAAAAGAUUAAAUUAACUAAAAAGCACAGAUGUAUGUACAUGUGUUUUUCUCUAAAUAUGAAUACAAAUACAUUUGUUUGUCUGAAUGCUGAUGAAUUAAGUUUUCUGUUGUAUUAUAUUGAAAAUUUGAUUGAUUGUUGGAGAUUUCUGCUUUACAAAUAAAAAUAUGGCUUAUAUUUUUA